AUGCGAGGCAGGGCACAGAGCAGCUGCAGCGGUUCAAGCCGCUCGAGCGCGUCGACGGGUUCAGCGUCGUCGGGGACGGAAGCAUAUGCUAACGGCUUUGGCAGGAGACAUUUCAUCUUUGACCGAGAUUGGUAUCCCGACGUGCCGCUGGUUAUCCAAGCGAAUCAACUGAUUAUCGGGCGUCUUGGGCUGGGGCACACGCUGCCGGAACUCGUGGCCGAGUCCGCGAGGAACGAGGCGGGCUGUCACCCGGGCACGAUGGCGGCGUACUUUCACCAUGCCAUUACGCUGGAGCUGGCGUGUUUGAUGAGCAAUGAUACGGUUCAGAUGGCGAUCGUAAAGGGUGUUAGGGUAUGA